AGUGUUAAAAUGUUUCAUAUUAAAUUAUUGUAUCAUUCUAUCAAGAAUUACUUUUCCUUCCACUUAUAUACAUCUUACAGAAAACUUUUUAUCUGUGCAUACAUAUAUAAAAGGUGGAGAUACAAAUGACUGUCAGGUUGCAUUUUGAAAAAAAUGAAUGAAUAUGAAUGGCCAAAACCAAGAUAACCAAGACACAAACUGGCACCACACUUAUUUAACAGUCAUAAAACAUUAAGAAUAAAAAGUGAGCUGUUUUGCGGAGAUCCAAAAUCAGUGUAAUUAGGAUCGUGGAACAGUUAAUCAAAGAGGAUUCUUUUUCUGGUUGCUGUAAAAAGGGUGCUCAUUAAUUUUAAUUGUUCUGCUGAUCUCUUCCAGUACUACGUCCAUAUUUUUCCAUUAUUUAUAUAAAGAUACUUUUUAUUGAUUCGUAUCUAUUUUCCAGAUCAUUUGUUAGAUUUUUCUAUAUUUUCUUUACCAUUUUUUAAUUCAUGGCAGCCAGCAUUUCGAGGCUGGCGGGCCCAUGUCAUCAUGCAAAGACAAGGUGCAGCAUAUCCAUGAGGCAAUUAUAUUAUUAUUUGGAACGCAGAGAAUGGAGCUGUCCAGAAGUGGGAAAUGUGCUGAAGAAAAAUUCCGUACCAGAUUGGCCAUUGCUUGCCACCUACCUGCUAAGUGAAGCGAGUCUCAUGAGCUCUUCAAGAUGGAAUAGAUAUAUCUCAGCGUUGCCUAGGCAGCCUUACUCACUUUUGUACUGGACACCUUCAGAACUAGACACAUAUUUGGUUGCUUCACAAAUAAGAGCAAGAGCAAUUGAACGGAUUACCAAUGUCAUAGGAACGUAUAAUGAUUUAAAACUAAGGAUAUUUUCUAAGCAUCCUGAGUUGUUUCCAGAGGAGGUUUUCAACAUUGAUUCAUUUCUGUGGUCCUUUGGCAUUCUUUUCUCACGGUUGGUUCGUUUGCCCUCGAUGAAUGGAAAAGUGGCAUUAGUUCCUUGGGCUGACAUGCUUAACCAUAGUCCACAGGUGGAGACAUUCUUGGACUAUGACAAGUCAUCACAGGGAAUAUUUUUUAUGACUGACCAGUCAUAUCAACCAGGUGAGCAGGUUUUUAUAUCCUAUGGCAAGAAAUCCAAUGGAGAGCUAUUGCUGUCAUAUGGUUUUGUCCCAAAAGAGGGUACAAACCCAAAUGAUUCGGUUGAGUUAUCAUUGAGUCUAAAUAAAUCUGACAAAUGCUACAAGGAGAAACUGGAAGCACUAAGAAAGCAUGGUUUGUCAACGCCUCAGAGGUUCCCUUUGCAGAUUACUGGUUGGCCAGUGGAGAUGAUGGCAUACUCCUACCUUGUUGUCAGCCCGUCAAAUAUGAGCCAACACUUUGAAGAGAUGGCUGCUGCUUCAUCAAAUGGGACUGCAUUGAAGAUGGGAAUAAAGAAUCCGGAGUUGGAAGAGAAAGCUCUUCAGUUCAUUUUGGAUUGCUGCGAAUCAAGCAUAUCUAAGUACAGCAAAUUCUUAGAGGGUGGUGGUACACCUGAUUCAGGCACAUUCAGUGCAAAGCAAGCCAACCGGAAAUCACUUUUGAAAAAGAUGGCAACAGAUCUAUGCACUAGCGAGCGGAGAAUUCUAUAUCGAACACAAUAUAUACUGCGGAGGCGGCUGAGGGACAUGAGGAGUGGCGAACUAAGGGCACUAACAUUAUUCAACGGGUUCAGAAAGCUCUUCAAACAGAAUCAGAUGAAUCAGACUCCAUGAUCAAAUUAUACCAAGUAACAACACUUCAAUCUGGGCAGUGUGAUGCACUGAUGCUGUUGAGAUGUCUGCACCUGGCUGAGAAUGCUCAAAUACAAUAUGAUGUCAUUCCACUUGAUGUAUUUAAACAAGGGUAAUCUCGAAAUCUGGUGAGGACAAUUCAUUCCACCACAAAAAUGCAUUCGAUGUGAUUCGAUG